UCUGAUGUGUGAUUGCGGCAUUGAAGUUAUGUAUGUCUGAAGCGGAAUGAAGGGUACAAACUAAUGUUUCAACUUUUAUCUAGCACUCUAAAAACGUAAUUGUGUAAGGAACUGAUUCAUUAUUGUUCAUUGAAAUUUCUUUAAAGUUAACUUUUUAAUCUUGCCAAUUCUUGUAAGCAAUACCAAUUAUUUGAAAGUAUGGAAAGUGAAAUUAAGAACUUUGAUAAUUUUGGUGAUUCCGAAAUGGUGCAAGCAUUUGAGGUAACUGUUCAGCAACAAAAUCAGGUGAUGAUUUCGAGGAUUUCUGAGGACAUUAAAUCUUUGGUUAAUUUCCCAAUGGUGCAUCAAUUGGGUGUGCAAACUGUUCAUCCAAGAACUUCCUUGAUAACUUCUGAGAAUACUAAUUCUUCAAACACGUUAUUUAACACCCAAACUGGUCAAAUUUCGGAACCAGAUGUGUUGCAUGCUCAUCGAGUACCUCCUUUGAUAAUUCCUGAGAACAUUAAUUCUUCGUAUAGUUUAUUUAACUCCCAGAUUCGACCAGAUGUGUUUAUUCAACCACGAUUGGACUUAGCUAACGAAAGAGUAAGGAAAAAUGUAGCUGCAAGGUUUAAAGAGAAAAAUGCGGUUGCUUAUAAUCAUCUGCUGUUUAAACCUGCAGCUAAAAAAUUAGGCUCUGAUGUUAAAUAUAUUCCUGCAAGAUCUCAUAAAGAAGUGACAAUGUCUGCUCGGCACUAUUUAGGGUUAAUGCUUUCCAGAGUAAAAUCCAAGAAAGAAAAAAUAGCACAUUUCUCAAGAAGUAUAAUAAAACGGAUACAAGAAAUUGAGAAACAAUAUGGUACAGAAAUAUCUACUCCUUGCAAGCAGCGCUUAGAAUUACUGCAUUCAGAGACAAAAGUCGCUGAAAAAUCCUUAGCAUUUCUGACACGUGUACUGAGAUUUGAAAAGCUACCUGGUACAGAAAUUCCAACUCCUUAUAAGCGAUGUUUAAUCUUACAGUAUUCCAAAGCAAAAAUCCAUGCAGAAAAAAUAGCACUUCAGUCAGCAGGUAUGAAAAAACUGUUUCUGAGACUCCUUGCUAUGGACAUGAGAACUGCUAGUGAGCAGUACUUCAAAUUGCUAUCUUCCAAGAUAAAAGACCAUGCGUGCCAAAUGGCAUUGAUGACAAUAGACAUAAAGAAGCAAAUAAAAAUUCUUGAGGUAUUUCAGGCUGCAAAAGCAAAAAUGACAUCUCCUUUUAAGCAGUUCCUAGGUUUAGUGCAUUCCAAAGCAAAAUCCCAUGAAAAAAAAAUAACAUUUCUGGCAAGAAGUGUGAAGAAACUGACAAUGCUUGUUAAGCUAAAAGAAGCAGAAUAUAAAAAGUGGCAAGGGAAUAUUCCGGACGACCUGCUUGAAAAUUUCAAAGCAAUUCAUAUUUAGUUUCUGAAGGAGAUUUCUCAUUCAUUCUGUUCAUUACGAGUUCUAAUUCUGAAUUCCAGUCUUUGCAUUCAUAUUAUCCGUAAUGUGUUUUGUGUUUGAUGUAAGUGUACCUGUUACAAGUUCUAUUUAUGUAUCUUUUGAAUGUAAAAUCAUAAUUUUUAUACUUCAGAUGUGAAGCAUUUAAUAUAUUUUGGCCUCAUUUCUAAGGCACCUAAUAAUUGCAUUUGUAAUACUAAAUAAAAGUGUUAUUUAAAAAAUUGA